GGGGUGGCGGGGGGGCGUUUUCUCCGGGCUCGAUCCUGCCACAGUUUCCCCCCACUCUUCCACCGUAGACCAUCAUCCAACCCACCUCCUGCACAGUGCGGUACAGAGCCCAUAGGCUGCUGCUGUUAUUCGUCUGCUGGGGCUGCAAGUCAGAGGAUUCCACUUCUUCUCCCGCUCCACUUGUUUCUGGAUUUACAAGCUCGGUUCCGAACCAUCUGCUUUCUCUUUUUUUUUUUUUAAACACUUUUCAAAAUCUCAUUUGUAGUUUGCUGUCGAGAAUUAGUAUUUGCCUCCCCCCCUCCUCCUCCUCCUCUCUCUUUUUUGGUUGCAUUUAUUUUAGUCUUUUUCUGUAAAGCGACCCAGCGUGAUUUCCACUUUCAGUCAGUGUGGCAAGUGUGACACUGUCUUGUUGCGCUAAAUAGAGAACUUUUUUUUCUCUCCUCCUCCUGGCUUCGAUUUGACUUCUCCCCGGGUUUGUCCUUUUCUGAGUUUUCUUUUUUUCUUUUGGACUUGGGACACGAACAGUUUCCACCAUGCACAAGCUGUACAUUGGGAAUCUAAGCGACAGCGUGACCGCCGAGGACUUGGGGAAAACCUUCGAUGAGCACAAGAUCCCAUACUCCGGACAGUUCCUCAUGAAAACCGGCUACGCGUUUGUGGACUGUCCGGACGACCAGUGGGCCAUGAAGGCGAUCGAGACGUUUUCUGGUAAAGUGGAACUUCAAGGGAAGCGCAUCGAGGUCGAGCACUCCGUCCCUAAGAAGCAAAGGACUAGAAAACUGCAGAUCAGAAACAUUCCACCUCAUCUACAGUGGGAGGUGCUUGAUGGUCUGUUGGCUCAGUGUGGAACUGUAGAGAACUGUGAACAAGUGAACACAGAAAGUGAGACUGCGGUGGUUAAUGUCACAUACGCAUCCCGGGAGCACGCCAGGCAAGCCAUCCAGAAGCUGAAUGGAUACCAGUUUGAGAACAACGCCCUGCAUGUCUCUUACAUCCCCGAUGAGAUCUCCGAGCUGGAAGGAGGACAGCGGGGGCCUGACAACGGCCGGCGAUCUGGCUAUGGGUCUCGUGGCGGGCCCCGUGGGGGGUCCCCGAGCUCCGGGAUGCCCAAUAAACCACCACAUGCUGACAUCCCUCUGAGGCUGCUGGUGCCCACACAGUAUGUCGGAGCCAUCAUCGGCAAGGAGGGAGCUACCAUUCGCAACAUCACCAAACAGACGCAGAGCAAGAUUGACGUGCACCGCAAAGAGAACGCUGGUGCUGCUGAGAAACCAAUCAGCAUCCACUCCACCCCCGAGGGCUGCUCAUCCGCCUGCCGCAUGAUCCUGGACAUCAUGCACCAGGAGGCCAAAGACACCAAGACCGCUGAUGAGGUUCCUCUGAAGAUUCUUGCUCACAACAAUUUUGUCGGACGCCUCAUUGGAAAAGAGGGACGCAACCUGAAAAAAGUCGAGCAGGACACAGACACCAAGAUCACCAUCUCCCCUCUGCAGGACCUGACGCUGUACAACAUGGAGAGAACCAUCACAGUUACAGGCACCACUGAUGCCUCCUGUCUGGCUGAGGGGGAGAUCAUGAAGAAGGUCAGAGAGGCCUACGAGAAUGACGUCGCUGCUAUGAAUCAACAGACUCACCUGAUCCCUGGACUCAACCUGGGUGCUCUGGGCCUCUUCCCCUCUUCCUCUAACAUGCCCCCUCCUCCGCCUGGCAACUCUGGAUCUGGUGCCCCCUACAGCUGCUUUGGGUCUCCAGAGCAGGAGACGGUCCACGUAUACAUCCCAGCACAGGCAGUGGGGGCCAUCAUCGGAAAGAAGGGCCAGCACAUCAAACAGCUGAGCCGCUUCGCUGGGGCCUCCAUCAAGAUUGCUCCAGCUGAAACUUCAGAAGCCAAAGAGAGGAUGGUUAUCAUAACCGGACCCCCUGAGGCUCAGUUUAAGGCCCAGGGCAGACUCUACGGCAAACUGAAGGAGGAGAACUUCUUUGGGCCAAAAGAGGAGGUCAAGCUGGAGACUCACAUCAAGAUGGCUGCAGCCGCUGCCGGAAGGGUCAUCGGAAAAGGGGGAAAGACGGUGAAUGAGCUGCAGAACCUGACAGCAGCCGAGGUGGUCGUCCCCAGGGAACAGACGCCAGACGAAAAUGACCAGGUCCUCGUAAAGAUCAACGGACAUUUCUACGCCAGCCAGUUGGCUCAGAGGAAGAUCCGGGACAUCCUGACCCAGGUCAAACAGCCACAGAAAGGUGGGGGCAUGGGCUCCGGCCCUAAUCCACAGGGCUUCACAGAGAUGGGCAGUCCUACACAGGGGCUGACUCCGGACCACCAGCCGCGCAGGAAGUGAGGGUCCCCACAUCCUCCUCAAACACUGUGGGACACCCCUGCCUGACUGACAGACAGACAGACAGACACAUGCACGGACGGAUAAGACAGACAGACGGAUAUAGGAGAGCGACACACGGACCCAGCGAUAGACAGGGAGAGAUAUAAAGAGGGAGGGAGUACGCCCGAUAGCCAGAGAGAAAGAUAGGUGUUUUGGAGAGGAGGGAAACAUAAAAUCAAAAGAUGAAAUGAAUAAAAAAGAGGAUUAAGAUUGAAAAGAAACUUGACAACAGAGACCAGAUGCCAGGCCAGAAAAGACUGAUUGAAGAUGGAUGGAUAAAGGAGAGGAGGGAUGGAGAGAGGGACGAGUGGUGUCCUCCUAGUGUGUCUUGGUAGGACUACAGUCAGCUCCACUGAUCCUGGAUCAGAUAGGUUUAAACUACAUGGGCAACAUUAUUCACCAUGUCAGGUGGAGCCCUGCUGCUGUGGUUUACACCUGUCUACAAUCUAUGCUCUCCUGGGACACACUAGCAGGGGCCCAUUUGCCCCUCUGUCGCCCCCUACAGACCUCUCCAACCAUCUGCGGUCAGUCCUAUAUUUUAAGGGUGGUUUUAAAAAAAAAAAAAACAUAGAGAUAUAUGUAUAGAAAUGUUUUAUUCAGAGCUAUUAUUGAUAAUAUGCAGUGAGGCGGAGCCGGGAGAGGGAGCUGGGAAACUGCUGCAGCGGCUCGGAGGGAUAGGUCACAGGUCGGGGGCUAGCCCCACCCACCCCUUACCCCUGAGCCAAUGAGAGUCUGGAAGAGGGGCCGCAGAUGUUAACACUGCUCUUUAAAGACCUUUCUGAAUAGCGGAGAGAUUAGAAAAUAAAAAAGAAGGAAGAAAAUAUGAGGUUGUAAAUAUAUAAUCUUUCAAGUAAAUGUAAAGAAAUGCUGCGUCUGGCCGUCUUGCCUUUCUUUAAAAGGGGUCCUCAGUUUAUUCCCCAGUCCCUUGUCUAUGAAAUGUAGCAUCAUGUAGCCUACACCAAGGCUGGGGCUGGGGAGGCACUGAGCCCCCUCCUCCACAUUUAGCUGUGUGGCGGAAGGCGCAGCGAGAGACAGUAAGGGGAGCUGAGGUCGCAGCUGGUCCUGCAGUUCUAUUGCAGUGGCUUAGCUCACACAUAUGAAACCAUUAAAAACAGCCAGCAGCUAUGCUAGCUGGCUAGCGGCCCGCACCUUAAAUGGCAUAUUUUAUAUAUAUUGUAUAUAUAUGCUAUGUGAGUUAGCCCGGCCCCUCGGGUGAAUGUAUUGAAGGCAGGGAGUCAAGUGUGAGGUUUUGCCACACCUGUAUGAAAAAGUCCUGCAAUGACAGACAGACAAGAAGUGUCUGAGACUUUCUGCUCAUUGUCGUCCUCUAGCGCUGGACGCUCAAGGCCAGUCUUAGACAGGAUGGCAUCCCCAGAAGAGCUGGGGUUCUUAAGACGACCACAUAAUUAAAGUCGUCUUUGUGUCUGACCGACAUGGCCUCUAAUGUGUGGCCUGUGGUAGUAAAGCAACUGUGAGACUGGCCUUAGUCGAGUGCCUGAACCCCAAAAAGAGGCGAAGUCUUCCAAAGCUCCUUGCCUUGAGCUCAGAGGAGGUAAAAUCUGACCGAAGGGGAGCGGCUUCCUUGUUCUCUCUCCCAAUCUGCCGAAGGCCUGUGGGCGGAGCCUCCGGACCCUGCCUGCGUAUGAUAAUGAGGGGCGGGGUCUAUGCCUGGACGCUCUCGCCAAGAUUAAAACAGAUUAGAGAAGAAAUGAAAAAGAAAAAAACCUACCUCAGGGUAAAUUUACCUCAGUAUUCCUAACUUUUUUUUUGCUUGCUGGUGUUUUAUAUAAGAAGAAAAAAGAAAAGAAGAGCUGAAAGUCCUGAAAAUUUUUAUUUUUUUAAGGAAGAAAUAUUUUUUUUUAGGUAUUGUCUUGUUGCUUUGGUUAUUUUUUUCUGGUUUUUUUUGGUGUGAUGCUGGUUGAAUGAGCUCAGGAUGAUGAAGAGGCAGUGUUUUCUUUUUCUUUUUUCAAAGCAGAGGGGAGACAAAAUGCUGUUGUUGAGGAAAUGGGUUCAGUGCCAUUUUGCCUUUUUUAGGUGAGAAAACAUGCUCUCUGUCUUCCUGAAGUGUGACUGGAGCAGCUGUUGUCUGAAACAGAAAGUUGGCCAAUGGGGAGUGGUAUUAACUUGAGAGGGGGGUCCUAAAGUGCACACUGGGGUCUCUUGUCAUCUUUGGGGGGGUGUUACUCAUUUUUAUCGUGCAGAAUGACGUUCAGACAACCUCAUCCUCAGGUCGCAUUAAGUCACUGCGAGUCUCUUUUCUCGUGGCUCCCAGCCCAACCUGAAGGACCCUCUUCUCCUGCCUUAUUGUGAUGACAUCAUCAUGAAGCGCCAAACAUUAUGACAAGGCUUUAAAACAACAAUAAUGAGUUAGUUACCCUGAAAGAGGACACGUGAAAGUGAGCUUUAGAGACAGAUUUCACCUCGUCUUUCUUUACCUUUCUCAGUGGCAGGUUCGGAACUUGUCAGAUAAGCAGUGGAUGAUCCAUGUACAGUGUAACUGCACAUGGAGACAGGAGAGGGCAUUACACACACACACACCUACUCACACACACCUGAACUAGCUCUGACUUCUCUGAAUGUGAAUAUUUAUUACCUGUGCACUGACCACGACACCUCAGAUGCUCCCUGUUGGCUACACGUGUGUAUGGUGCAUGAGUGUGUUUGUGUUCAUUGGUUUUAAAUGUUCAUUUUUGUCAAGGGAUGUGGUUGGGUGAACCUUAUAGAAAAAAAAAAGCAGAAAAAAGUAGGACAAGAACCUAUGGCCCCUCCGUCUGAGUUCCACCAGACCAAGGACAGAGAAAUCCAAGAACCUCUUAGAAAAAAUGGGAGCAAAAAAGAAAAGCAAGAGAGUUUGAACACAACAGUAACUCAGCUGAGUGAUAGAUGAAAACCUGUACAUAAAAAUGUUAAAAUCACAA